GGGCGGAGCAGGUAUUUAAGGCGAGCGGAGGAAGGCACAGAGUGCGAGUUGGGUGGGCACCAUGGCUGGGACCUCCACUAUUGAGGCGGUUAAGCGCAAGAUCCAGGUUCUGCAGCAGCAGGCUGAUGAUGCCGAAGAGAGGGCCGAGCGUCUGCAGCGGGAAGUGGAAGGAGAAAGGCGGGCCCGGGAGCAGGCUGAGGCUGAGGUUGCGUCCUUGAACCGCAGGAUCCAGCUGGUUGAAGAGGAGCUGGACCGCACUCAGGAGCGCCUGGCUACUGCCCUGCAGAAGCUUGAGGAAGCUGAGAAAGCUGCUGACGAGAGUGAGAGAGGUAUGAAAGUCAUUGAAAAUCGAGCCUUAAAAGACGAAGAAAAGAUGGAGCUCCAGGAAAUCCAGCUCAAGGAAGCGAAGCAUAUUGCAGAAGAGGCAGAUAGGAAAUAUGAAGAGUUAGCUCGAAAGUUGGUGAUUACAGAGGGGGACUUGGAACGCACAGAGGAACGUGCUGAGCUGGCAGAGUCUAAGUGUUCUGAGCUGGAGGAGGAGCUGAAGAAUGUCACCAACAACCUCAAGUCUCUUGAGGCUCAGGCGGAGAAGUAUUCUCAAAAAGAAGACAAAUAUGAGGAAGAGAUAAAAAUUCUUACUGAUAAACUAAAGGAGGCAGAGACUCGUGCUGAGUUUGCUGAGAGAUCGGUGGCCAAGCUCGAAAAGACAAUUGAUGACUUGGAAGAUAAGCUGAAAUGCACCAAAGAGGAACACCUCUGUACACAAAGGAUGCUGGACCAGACUCUUCUUGACCUGAAUGAGAUGUAGAGCCACCCCAGUCCUGCCCUGCGCUGCUCCUCCCUUUGACCCCCUCCUCUGCCUGAGGCCAACCUGCCUGAAGCUGACCUUGAAACUGAGGGCUGAUGUUUAACUGGAAGGCUGCUUUCUCCUUUUGCCACCACCACCCCCCACCCCCCACCAAACAGUCUCAACCUCUCCCCCAGAGAUUCCAAUUGGGCUAGAGGCUGAGCACCUUUGGGAACAUUCAAGGGAAUGUGAGCACAAUGCAAACUGUCUUUUAAAAAGCAUGUUAUGAUGUACACAUUUUGUAAUUAACCUUUUUCUGUUGUUGUAUGGACCAUUUGUAAAACAUUCCAAGUGCUGUCACAAUUCUGAAGCAGCAAAUCUAACCCCUCUAGAGUUUUGGAAAGUAACUUUUUGACUUAGUGUGUAUUCUUCUCUCCAUAGGAGAGAGAAUGAUAUCAACAAGGUCUCUUUGGGCAACUUUUACAGUUUUCAUCAGAAGUGACCAAAUAGAUUAAGAUAAGACCUCUGUGACCAGCUCCAUAUCUCAUUCCUGGCCCUUCCCAACCACUUACAGAAUGGAUCAUGUGCCCUUUAUGUUGAAGUGACCACUUACUUACUUUUAUGCCCCACUUGAAAGAAAAAAAUUAUGUUUUUGCCACAUGAAAUUCAUCUCAUCACCUUCUUCUGGGUCAGAAGCUGCUAUCUUUUAAAGUGCCAUCUCAUAGUGUUUUGUAUUGGUUAUUGCUGGAGAAAUCUUGAAUAGCUUAUGUACAAAACUUACAUUAUUUUGAAAUUUUGCUUCUUUGAAGUGGGGGUAUAACUAGCCAUCCCAUCUGGCUGUGAGAGCUCUCUAUAGCCUGUGGGCUAGCUGUGUCCUGAUUCUUCACAAAUUUCUUUCCUUAUCCAAAUCCCCCCUUUUUAGUAAGGUUUCAAUGAAGUUUGUUAGAUGUGCAUCCUGCAGCUUAUUGGCUUAAAACGUACUCUCCUUUGAUGUGGUCUCUUUUGGGGGGGUAUGAAUGGGAGAAAAAAAAGUAUAUCUGUUUUAAGUGUUUUGAUACUAAAAAUUGACAUGUGUCUUUUUGAAAUAAAGAACCAGUCCCUGCAACCCUCAAACCUA